CAAUAGUGAUGAAGAUAGUGUGAGAUGAGAGGGCAUUAAAAUGAGAAUAUUAUUCAAACAAUCGAAAUCUGCAUACAGAAAACACGCAUCGGAAUCCAAUUACGUUGAAACAAACCCUAGGCCCCCAUUUUCCCCCAAAUCCUAUUCAAUGUCCGAUCAAUAGAUCCGAUCAAACCCUAACAACCAGAAAAAUGACAAGCAGCAGCGGCAGCGACGUAGAAGCCGGAUUCGCAAAGCUCCAAGGCGAAGACUUCGAAUACUACAUGCAAACCUACUCCAUCAUUCUCGGCCGCAACUCCAAGAAAUCCACCGUCGACGUCGACCUCUCCUCCUUAGGCGGCGGCAUGAACAUCUCCCGCCAUCACGCCCGCAUCUUCUACGACUUCCAACGACGCCGUUUCGCCCUCCAAGUCCUCGGCAAAAACGGCUGUUUCGUCGAAGGCGUUCUCCACCUCCCCGGCACUCCUCCGGUCAAACUCGACUCUCAAGAUCUCCUCCAGAUCGGAGACAAGGAGUUUUACUUUCUCUUGCCGGUUAGAAGCAUCCUCGGUGGACCUGCUCCGGUGCCACGUGGCAGAAACCCUAGUGGUGGUGGUGCUUAUUAUUCGCCGGCAUUGCCGCCCUCUGGGAGGGGGAGGGGGAGGAGUGAUGAUGACGUGGAGGAUGGAGGUGUUGUGGGGAAGAAGGUGAGGAGAGAUGAUUAUGGUGUUGUUGGUGGUGCUUCCGGUUCGGGUGGACGAUCGCAUUCCGAUAAGAAAUCAGAGGCAAGAUCAAGAGUUGAUCGGGAGUCUGAUAACCAGCAGCUGUUACAAUUAGAAGAGAAAGACGUCGUAUCGUCUGUCGCUACUGUGCUUUCUGACCUUUGCGGUCCCGGGGAUUGGAUGCCUCUAGAGAAACUUCAUGCUGAGCUGUUUGAACUGUACGGCAAUGUGUGGCACCAUAGUCGAGUUAGGAGGUAUCUAACUUGCGAUGAUCAUCCAGGCUCUGAAGCUCAGGGCAAACCAUGGUUUGGGCUGCUUAUGUUGUUGAGGAAAUACCCUGAACAUUUUGUCAUUAACACUAGAUCUAGAGGCCGUGUUACACUCGAGUUUGUCUCGCUUGUUUCACUCGUUUCUUGAGAUCUUGAACAAGUGGCUUAGUAUCUUACUUUUUAUGUUUUGACUUCAACUUGAGGUCUUGUUUGUACCCUUGAUUGUAUGUAACUAUGAAUCUUUUGACCAUUUGGUUUGCUUCAAAGUGGUGUUAUGUUUCUAGAAGAUGCUAAAGAGCCGAGCUUGGAGCUCGUUUUACGAGAAAUUUUAUAAGCUUGAACUUGGUUUU